AUGUUCAAUCCACCUACACCUUCUUCUAUUGCCUCUGAAAUCGAUGCUUUGCUUGCAUCUCAAAUUACGAUGCAAGCUUUCCUUUUGAAGCUUCGUCAAGAUGUUUCCUCGCUUCAGGAACGUCCUGCUUCUGUUUCUUCCUCUGUGGCUUCAACUCGUUCGAACUUUCAUCUUCUUUCUCGAAUAACUGAGUGUACUAAUUGUGCACAGUUGGAGUUUCAAAUUAACAAAGCCAAGAAGGUUAUUGUUAAUUAUAAUUCUACAUUGGGUUUUUUUGCGAAUGUAGCUCGAAUCCAAAAAGAGGCUAUAUCAUAUAAAAAUAAAUAUGAAGUGUUGUUGGAAAAAUAUAAUAAUUUGAAGUUACAAGAGGGGUUUAAUUUAAGCGAUGAAGAAGAAGAAGA